UCAGCCGGCCGCGGAAGAAGAGGGCGCCAUGCAGGUCUCUAGCCUGAACGAGGUGAAGAUCUACAGCCUGAGCGCCGGCCGGAGCCUUCCCGAGUGGCUUUCUGACAGGAAGAAAAGAGCAUUACAGAAGAGAGAUGCUGAUAUUCAAAGGAGAAUUGAACUUAUCCAAGACUUUGACAUGCCCACAGUUAGCACGAAGCUCAAGGUUUCGCGAGAUGGGCAAUACGUUAUGGCAGCAGGAACAUAUAAACCUAGAGUCCGAUGUUUUGAUACCUAUCAAUUAUCCAUGAAGUUUGAAAGAUGCUUGGAUUCUGAAGUGGUUACAUUUGAUAUUUUAUCAGAUGAUUACUCAAAGAUUGUUUUUUUGCUAUGUGACAGAUAUGUGGAAUUUCACUCCCAGCAUGGUCGUUAUUACAGAACCAGAAUACCCAAGUUUGGUAGAGAUUUCUCAUACCAUUAUCCAUCGUGUGACCUGUAUUUUGUAGGAGCAAGCUCUGAAGUGUACAGACUAAACCUGGAACAAGGAAGGUAUCUGAAUUCCCUACAGACAGAUGCUUCGGAGAAUCACGUAUGUGAUACAAAUUCUGCGCAUGGCUUAUUUGCAACUGGGACAAUUGAGGGAAAGGUGGAAUGCUGGGAUCCUAGAACGCGAAACCGAGUUGGAGUGUUGGAUUGCGCUUUAAGCAGCACAACGGCCGAUAAAGAGGUUGAUGGUCUCCCCUCUAUUUCGGCCCUGAAAUUUGAUGGAGCACUGAAUAUGGCUGUUGGGACAUCCACAGGCCAGGUUUUGUUUUAUGAUCUCCGAUCAAGUAAUCCGUUAAUUGUGAAAGAUCACCAAUAUGGCUUGCCUAUUAAAUCGAUCCAGUUCCACAAUUCAUUAGAUUUGGUUAUUUCUGCCGAUUCACGAAUCAUAAAACUUUGGAACAAGGACACAGGGAAAAUAUUUACUUCCAUGGAGCCUGAACAUGAUAUUAAUGAUGUCUGCAUAUAUCCUAAUUCUGGAAUGCUGUUCACAGCCAACGAAGCACCCAAAAUGAAUAUCUACUACAUUCCGGUGUUAGGCCCUGCUCCAAAAUGGUGCUCAUUCCUUGAUAAUCUAACAGAAGAGCUGGAGGAGAACCCAGAGACAACAGUGUAUGAUGAUUACAAGUUUGUAACAAGAAAAGACCUUGACAAUUUAGGGCUUACGCAUCUUAUUGGAUCCCCAUUACUCCGCGCAUACAUGCAUGGCUUUUUCAUGGACAUAAGACUGUAUCAUAAGGUUAAAAUGAUGGUGAAUCCAUUUGCCUAUGAGGAGUACAGGAAAGAGAAAAUUAGGCAGAAGAUAGAAGAAACCCGUGCACAAAGAGUGCAACUAAAGAAACUUCCCAAAGUUAAUAAAGAGCUGGCACUGAAACUUAUCGAGGAAGGAGAAGAAAAUCUGCAAAAUGGAAGGGGGAAAAAGCAAAAGAAAACGGCCAACAUUCUUACUGAUGAUCGCUUCAAAGUCAUGUUUGAGAACCCAGAUUUCCAGGUGGACGAGAAGAGUGAAGAGUUCCGGCUGCUCAAUCCGCUGGUUUCUAAAAUAAGUGAGAAAAGAAAGAUGAAGCUGAAGAUACUAGAGCAGCAAGAAACCUCAAGAGAGGAAGAAGAGGAAGAACCAGAAGGAAAACCAAGUGAUGCAGAAAGUUCUGAGACUUCAGAUGAUGAAAAAGGCUGGGUUGAAGAGGUCAGGAAACAGCGCAGACUUCUCCGCCAAGAGGAAAAAGUAAAAAGGCAGGAAAGGUUGAAGGAGGAUCGGCAGACUGUCUUGAAGCCUCAGUUUUUUGAGAUUAAAGCUGGAGAAGAGUUCAGAAGUUUCAAGGACACAGCUCAAAGGCAAAAGUUAAUGAAAAAAACUCUUGGUGAUCGCUUGCAGCUUGAAGAGAAAGUUGGCGCCCUAAGUGUACAUGAUACCACUGUAGGAAGCAAACAGGUUACCUUCAAAUUAAAAAAGUCAGAGCAACAGAAGAAACAGCAGGAAGCCGAGAAGCAUCAUCAUCAGGAGAGGAGAAAACUGAGACGUUCAGCCAGCCACCUUAAAAGUAAACAAGGAAGAGGACGGCCCUUCCACUGACUGAAUCGUUCUGCUUUUUAAUUCACGGAGCUCCGAGAG